AUGAUGUUCUUCAACCUCAAGAUGUCUAUAGAAGACUGGUGUGGUAUUGCAAUAAUUUGCAGUGCUGUGUACGACUACAGCACUGCUGCUACUCAUGCACCUAGGGCUACCACACACGGUGCCAGCGCCCCGCAGAGCUCCGGCCCCGCGGAGUUCUCCAAGAGCGCCGCCGUGCCGUCCAGGGUGAGCGGCUGGGCGCAAGCCAGGAGUGCCCUGCUGUUGGCGCUCGGCCCGCCGCUGCUGGCCGCCUGCGCGGCCGGCGCCUCGUGCUGGGCCUGCCGCGUGGCCCCGAUGGGCCCAGCCGUGCCG